AUGGCAAAGCAACCGGGGGCCAUCAAGCAAGCUUGGUACAAAUGGAAGGCCUUGCGUCUUCCGUGGCGGAAAAAGUGGCUUGUCGGCGCUGAUCUUUCCGGCAACACCUUCUGGGAGUUCAAGGAUGCCAUCAAUGCUGGCCGAAUGAGAAGAAUUGUCCAGUACAGCACUCAGGGGCAUUAUGCUGAUGUCAAAAUCUCGCCACAAUGGCAUCAAUGGUUGCGCCAGGUUCGCCCUGAAGCUCCUACAAUCCAGGAGCAACAACUUGAAGUCACUCGUCAAUCUCAGAUGCGGCAGCUGGCUGCUCAAGCAGACGCCCGCUGGGCUGCUCAGGAGUCCUUCUUGGAUGCACCAUCAAAGCAACAACCAGCACCAGCUAUCGGCGUGAAAGACCCCGCAGGAUAUAUGCACCAGAAUCAGACUGAGCCAACUGAGAACGAAGGUGUGAGAAGUGCGGUAGGUGAUGCAGGCGAGGUCGAUGCUUCGACCGAGGGGAGAACCAAGGACGACGGCAGAUUCAAGGGUAGAACCAAAGACAAGGAGGCAAACCCAUGGAAGCAAGCACGGGGUAACCCAGGAGACGACUGGCAGCCACAGAGUUGGAGUCCUGGUGUCGGCCGUAGAUAA